CCCGUCGACGCAAAUAGCGGCCACGCCGAGAGGGCCCUGGCAGCCCUGGCCGCUUCGUCAUGUCCCGCUUUCGCAUGCAUCUUGGGCGGGCAACCCCGCGAGUCUAGCAAAAGCGCCCGUGGGUGAUUCGCGCUUCAAGGCCCGGUUUCACGACUGUAUUGUGAAUGCCGAACUGCAGUCGCUGGCCACUCAGCUCCGCCCGUCUGGCGCGCAACCUGCAUACACGUCCAGCCCUACGACCCCAUCUGCCACCGCGUAUGUAAUCGCGCAUGCCUCUUCAUGUCACGUGUAUGCGCGUGCUCCACCCGAUCCACGUUCGCUGACCCUGCGCUGUUCCCUCUUUCGACUGCACAGCUGGUCCCCACCAAGCAGCCAUGGAAGACGUCCUGAACGAACAAUUUGAACGCGUCGAAAAGGCCUUGACUACGCUGGUCGACUCAAUCGCGGCCUACAACCCGGCCACGCAAGCUGCCGUCGAUCUGCUAGCUGCUGACGACGAGCUCAGUGAAGGCCUGGACCAACUCGCCAAACACCAGGCAAAUCACAUUCGCAUCCAAAACCUCCGCGCAGAAGCCGAUGCGCUCGAAGACCAGCUCAAGACGUCCGUCAAAAAGCUAGCAGAACUGCGCCAUGAGCUCUUUGACACGCCCGUAACCACGUUCCCCGAAGAUUCACGCGCCGUCCCAUUCGACGAGCUUCUACAAUACGCGACAAACAUUUCCCGACACACCGUCCCACCAACGUACCGUGAACCCGUGCCUGCUGCAGACAAAGAGAAAGAUGACGAUGAAGUCGCCUCAAGCGGCGCUCCUACCAAUGGCCUGAAUACACCUGCUCUCGCACCCGAGACAAUAGAGCCAGCGAGUGAAGCUGCGCAAGGACAGAAGGAAGGCGAAGAUGCUGCUGGCGCCAAGCUCGAGAUCACCCCAGAGGAAGAGGAAUGGUUGAAGAAGCUCAAGGCUAGCAACCUGCCAUGGUACCCGUGGCCCAGCAACGAGAAGAUCCGCGCGGGCGCUCUGUUCAGUCUCCAGUAUUGGCGAGAGAAGGGCAAAAACUUAGACGAGUUCAAUAUACCUGCACAUUUGGAGGUGGCCAGGGAGAAGGCGUUGCAAGAACAGGAGCAGAAUGAGACGGUUGCACAAGACGCGUCUGCACAAGACAUGGCUGCACAGUCUCCGAGCAGACCAGCUCAAGAACAGGCCCCACCUCCAACCACGUACCGUCCAAAGGCAAUCGGAGUCUUUGAGGGUCUUGACGAUGAUGAUUGAUCGUGGUCAUCAGGAAAGUUUGAUAUGUCCACCUCGAACAUAGGUAGAUCAGCUUGGUUCAUUCAAUGCCAAGGUCUUUUGUUCCUCAAAACUACGAUGACUUGCCAUGUUAUGUGGUACUAUGUAGCGCAUGAUGUUGUAGCUGCACUUGCGUGAUCGAAUCCUAGAGAUGACUUCAUUGCAAAAUCAUAGAAAAUGUGAACCUGGUG